UAGCAGAUCCCAUGCCCUUUUUAGUCUUCCUCAUUCAUAUGUAAUUAUUGUUUGCUACCGUCCUACAACCACUACAGACUGCAGCCAUGGAGUUACUCAGCUCCGCCGUCUACGGCGCCGUUCUCUUCCUCCUCCUCCUCUGCUCCGCCAUUUUCCUGAGGCCCAAGAAGUACAAACUCCCGCCGCUAGCCGGCGGCGGCCGCCCCAUCAUGGGCCAUCUCCACCUCUUGGCCAACUCGCCCACCGGCGAGCCACCGCACGCCCGUCUGCAAGCCCUGUCGCACAAACACGGCCCGAUUUUCACCAUCAAUCUCGGCCUCCGCCGCGCCGUGGUGGUGAGCAGCCGGCAAAUAACCAAAGAGCUCUUCACCACCCACGACACGGCCGUGUCGUCCCGCACAAGAACCACAGCGCUCCGACACUUGACCCACAACUUCGCCAUCUUCGCCUUCACCCCCUACGGCCCCUACUGGCGCCACCUCCGCAAGCUCACCAGCGCCGAGCUCUUCUCCGGCCGCCGCCUCGAGCUGAUGAAACACGUCCGUGUUGAUGGAGUCGCUGAGUUCAUCCGCCAACUCUACUCCCACUGGAAGGACAACAAGGCCGAGUCCGGGACCACCUUGGUGGACCUCAAAUUGUAUUUCCUGAACCUUAAUUUCGACCUCGUCGCCAGGAUGGUGACGGGGAAAAGUAUCUUCGGACAAGAAGAAGGCCUCGAUAAACUUCUCCGGUGCCGGGAAGUCGUGUCGGAGUUCUUCGACCAAGCCGGCAGAUUCGUCGCCUCCGACGCCGUCCCAUGGCUGAGCUGGCUCGACCUCGGCGGCCACGAGAAACGCAUGAAGGGAAUCGCCAAAGAAUUCGACGAAAUCGUCGGAGCCUGGCUGUCGGAGCACCGCCGGAAGAAAAACAACCCGUCGCAGGAGGAUUUCCUCGAUGUAAUGAUGGCGUUAUCCGGACAAGGUAAUCUAAACCAGUUCCAAGGCGAAUACGACCUCGAUACCAUCAUCAAAUCCACCUGCCAGGCCGUGAUCCUUGGGGGUUCCGACACAACAUCAUCCGUACUGACAUGGGCGAUCGCCCUCCUCCUAAACCACCGCGGCGCCCUAACCAAGGCUCAGGAAGAACUCGACAAGCACGUCGGAAGAGAGCGGCGCGUGGCCGAAUCGGACAUCCCAAACCUCGUAUACCUCCGCGCCAUCAUUAAGGAGACGCUGAGGCUCUACUCAGUCCGUCUAAGCCUGCCGCGAGAAGUAACCGAAGACAUAAAUCUCUCCGGUGGCUACCACAUCCCGAAAGGCACGUGGCUGGUGGUCAACAUGUGGCAGAUCCACAGAGAUCCCGAGGUCUGGUCAGACAACGCGCUGGAGUUCGAACCGGACCGGUUCAUGACAACCCAUAAAGACAUUGCAGUAAACGGACCGGACUUCAAGCUGUUCCCUUUCGGGAUGGGCCGGCGGGUCUGCCCCGGUCUGAACCUCGCCAUGCAAAUGCUGCACCUGGUGCUGGCGAACCUGCUGCACGCUUUUGACAUGACCACGGUCAACGGUCAGCCGAUGGACCUGACCGAAACGGAAGGGCUAACCAACGCGAAAGCUAAGCCGUUGGAUGCCCUAAUUGCGCCGAGGCUUCCACUUAGUCUUUAUUAGGGAUCUCCAUCUCCGUCCUGCGAAGUUAUUCAGCACUUAUUACCACCACCCACGUGAUUCUUAUCGUAAUUAAUGCCUUCCUCAAUUCCGUCCUUGAAUCUUGCAAAGGUAAACUAUUACCCACUUGUCGUUUGUAAUAAAUAAAUGGUUUUACUAUUGAAAUGCAGUGCUUGGUUUAGGAAUAUUUUGUUAUUAUUAUUUUAAUAAUUCAAUUUCAAUUAUUGGGAUGUA